CUUGUACUAAAACAAAUGAUCCAGUUCAGUAUGUGAUUGGUAAUGCUCGAAGGAAAACUACAAAGAAAGGAAGUCUAUACGCUAGUUGGGGUUUCAGCGUCAACUAGAUUUUCAUUACGAUUAUUUUUACCUCGACUCUGGGAGCCAUGAAUCCGAAUCAGUACAUCUGGAUCCCGAUUGGAAUUUCCCUAAUGCUGAUAUCUGGAGCACUGGCAGGUAAACUUCUCAAUAAUGUGGCACUUAACAAAAAAGCUUCCCAGUCCUCAGAAGGCAGCGACUUUGAUUCUGCUAGUGGGGCCGUCGAUGGGAACAAAGACCUGAAACCUGAAACGAGAUCCUGUACCCUCAGCAAAGAAGAGUCUGAUCCUUGGUGGAGGGUCGACUUAGAGAAUGUGUACAAAAUAUCAGCCGUAACGAUAACCAACAGGGGUGAAAACGCAAGCAGUCUGGACGGGGCCGAAAUCUGGAUUGGAAACCCAAUGGAGACUGAAAACACCAACAAAUUCAGGUGUGCAAUCAUCUCUCACAUCCCGGCCGGACGCACAUUCUACUUUUCAUGCAGCGCUUCAGAGGGACGCUACGUCACUGUUCUUCUCCCAGGAAGCAAGAAGGUUCUGAGUCUCUGUGAAGUUGAGGUGUUCACUGUAAGCCAUGCUAAUCCUGUAGCCAACGUGGCACUGAAAGGAGAAGCCACACAGUCAUCAACGCUCUCCUUCGCCACUGCUUCCAAAGCCAUCGAUGGGAGACGAAACUCAUACUACACCAAUGGGUUUUGUAGCCACACCGUUGAUAACCAGAUCGGCCCGUGGUGGAGGGUGGACCUGCGAAGAACAUUUAUUGUCACAUCUGUCAAAGUCACCAACAGGGGAGACUGCUGUGCUGAGAGACUGGAUGGAGCAGAGAUCCGAAUCGGGAACUCACUGGAGAACAACGGAAACAACAACCCCAGGUGUACCUCCAUCCCCCACAUCAGAGCGGGUAAAACCUCCACCUUCCACUGUGAUGGAGGCAGCAUGGAGGGGCGCUUUGUGAAUGUUAUUAUCCCCGGGAAUAUGAAGACCCUCACCCUGUGUGAAGUGGAGGUGUACGGUGUCCUGGCAGUGGAACCUCUACAAGACGUGGCCUUAUUGAAACCAACAAAACAAUGUUGCAACCUUUUCAAUGAGCCUGCUUCUAAUGCUGUCAGUGGACGUAGAGGUGGGAAUUAUUUUGCUGGAUGCUGUAGUAGUAUCGACUCUACCAAUCCCUGGUGGAGUGUAGACUUGUCCGCUGAGCACAAUGUUAGUGCCGUCACCAUCACCAGCAGACGAGACAGAAUGUCAUCCAACAUUCAAGGGGCAGAGAUCUGGAUCGGGAACUCUGAACAAAAAACCUACAACACCAGGUGUGGUGAUAUCUCGUCGAAUUCACCAACGUACACAUUGGAGUGUGGCGGCAUGCAGGGCCGCUACAUCAUAGUGAGCAAAUCAGGACUUUGGACGUCUUUGACACUUUGCGGAGUGGAGGUCUUUGCUACUCUGACAGUGCCAGAAGUUGUCCCUCCUCCUCCACCUCCCACUGUGAGCAUGAUGCUGGGCGGCAGGGAAGUGACGGUGGUGGGAGAAAGGCUCUGCUGGUCUGACGCUCUGUUCUACUGCAGACGCCACCACUGGGAUCUGCUUAGCAUCCGCAGCCAGGAGGAGCAGAGCGAGGUGGAGGCGCUGCUCGGCCGCAGUUCUUUCCCCCUCACAGAUUACGUGUGGCUGGGGUUGCGCAGAUACUUAAGUGACUCGACUUGGUUCUGGAUGUCCGGUGAUUCCAUGAAGUUCACCAAAUGGCAGCAAAACACCGACUUUUUCCAUAGCCCCAGCCCGUGCGGAGGCGUGGAUGGAGGAGGGCUCCACUUGUGGGGGGGCCGGCCUUGUGAGGAGCCCCUCAACUUCAUCUGCCAAUCAGGUGCUGAGCUGGGAGCCAAGAGAGUGUACUUCUACAGCACCAGCACAGACACAAGCCUUUAGUCAGGGACAACUAUAUUGGAAGCUGUAUUUUGAAGAUAGAAAGAGUGAUUUUAAACUUUCUGCACGUGUGCAUAAAUAGAUUAGCCAAGACAGGGGUGUGGACUCAAACUCGUCAGACUAGAGUCAUGAAUUUUGUGAAUCGAUUAAGGACUUGUAAAUGUACUUGGACGUCAGCCUUUGGACCUGACAACCCUUGAUACCUUCUGAAAUUUAAAAAGUCAAUAAAAAAGAGUCCCACAAAUAUCUGAGUCCACUUAUGUACAUUUUAUCCCCUGCAAAUUAACACUUCUUUCACAUGUUCCUCUUUUAAAUCAAUCAGACUGCAUCCAAUUCAAAAAUAAAACCAUGAAGAGGUUGCGCUGCUUUUCCUUGGCUGGAAAAAUAUUCUGUCAAAGUGUUUAAAAUCUAUACUGUGGUCAGCAAAAAACAAAUUGCACAAAGAAAUUGACGGAGGGGGCAAUAUGCCGUGUUUAGGAAUCGAAACUUUAGAUAAUCUUGUCUUGUGACUUGGUCCCGCCUCGUGUCUUAACCACCUGAUGCAUUCUUUCAAUGCUCUUCAUCUCUGUGUGAAAGUCACUGUCCUGUAAUCUCAUUAAACUAGUUAUUGCAAUUACGCUGUUGUGCGUCGUGUGUGGUCUAAAUUCAACGAUUUUGCAUUUUCUGAUUUAAAAUAAAGA